UGACGUCACGACAGUAAACAAGAGCAUGUCGCACAGACAGACUCAAGUAAGAGAAAUGAACGGUCAAGCGGAUGUCGAAGUUGACUACAAGCGGAAAUACAAAAAUUUGAAGAGAAAGUUAAAGUUUCUUGUUUAUGAACAGGAAUGUUUUCAGGAAGAGCUGAGGAGAGCACAGAGAAAGCUUCUCAAAGUUUCCAGGGACAAAAGUUUCCUUCUGGACAGACUGCUACAGUAUGAGAGGCUAGAUGAAGACUCCUCAGAUUCAGAUGCAACAGUGUCUUCAGAAAACAGUGAAGGAGAAGGUCCCAGGGAGAGGGAAAGAGAACGUGACGGAGCAAAGAAGCGAAGAAGUAGUCCAGGGGCGUGUCUUCCUUCAUCAUCCUCUCCUCAUCUCUCCUUGCUGUCCCGUCCUGGUGUUAAUCCCCUGCAGUCAUCAGGCUCUGGACCCUACCUCAACACUAUGCCCUUCCCACCAGAGUAUUUGGCUCCCCCAGCUGAACGAAUGAAGAAAGAGAGAAAAACAAAGACGCCAAAAAACAAGAAAGAGACUACGGGGAAGGUUGUUGCCCCAAUGGCAGCUAAUUACCCAUCAGCCCCCGCAGCCCCUCCAACAGCCAGUGGCCCCUUCAGCUGGGUUCCCAGACAGAUGCUAAGUGGAGAUGCAGCUGAGGAGGAGGGGGAGAGCGAUGGAGACAGUGACAGAGGAGAUGAAGACAGAGGGGAGGGAGACGAGGCUGAACUAGUUAUUGACAUCCCUAACGAGUGAAACUGAGCAUGUUUAGAUGUAUUUAAAAGCAGGGAAUGGACGGGAUGUACAUGUGUGUGCAAGAGAAUGUGACAGUCUGUGCAGUUUCUGUGCUCAGCAGACCAUUCUAUAUUUUCAAAAGGGAGCCAAGCGCCCCCUGGUGGACUUCUACUUAACAGCAGUAUUGCUGUCAAAAGUAUCUCCCACAGAAAUGUGGUUUUCAUAUAUUAUGUUAAGAAUCUGAUCUGUGACAGAAGUGCAGUUUGUAAGUUUUUAAGAAAAACCUACUGCCACUGUGAUGACUGGAUAUAUUACCUUGUACUUAGCUGCCCGCUGAUCAUUUUGUCUAAACAGUCUUGCAAUGCGCAACUGUGUGCACAAUUAUUUGUCCUCCAUUGUCCAACCACCAUGAAAGCUGAGUUAGUAUGAUAGAAAUGUUUAAAACCUUGUGUCUUGUUUGCUUGUUACAGGCAGUUUUGACACGUCAUUUGAAUUUAUGCUAUUAGAUGAUAUGUUCCAAUCAAAGAGGUUCUUGUUAAUGGAAACAUAUUAUUUUACACAUAUCAAAGUGUGUGUGUCAGAGAAUAAAAUGUUAAAUAUUUCUCAUUUUGUCAUUGUAGAUAUGUAAAAAAAACUGUGUAAGUGUUAUUGACAUUUUAUAGAAAGGCUGGAUGCCCCACCCAAGGCUUCACACCCUAAAACUGUCAUUCCAGAGCUAUAGUCACUCAGGUAUGCUGCAAUCUGUGUGAACUGUAUGCUGGACAUGCGCACUGAAAACAUUCAUUCAUACGAAUAAAGAAAGCCAAUAUAAAUUUG